GCAAUUUGGUCAACCAUGCUGCCGCCGCACUGCAAUUAACCGGUGGUGCUCUCGAGCGCAAUUAAGUUCCACAUGCUGCUGAUCAAAUGAGAUUUAUCUGAACAUUUGGUGAUGUGAUCUAGUCUCGGACAGUCGAAAAAAUGGUUUCACUCGAAACGAUCAAACUACGCUUAGUGAUUCUUAUUUGCUUAGUAAAAUAUCAUUUGAAGAACCUGUGGCAAAAGUAUUCGUUUGGUUACAAUCGGCCAAAAGUUCAGCUUAGACCAGGAAAAAUCCGAGGAUUAACAGAUAUUCUACCAAACGGCAAACCGUACCAUUUCUUCAAGGGCAUCCCAUACGCCAAAGCACCGGUCGGGCAACUCCGUUUUCAACCUCCAGUGCCAAUUCAGCGUUAUGAUAGUGACAUAAUUGAUUGCUCAGUGCACCGAAAUGAAUGUAUUCAGUUAAAUUUUCUCACCAAUGUCGUGGCGGGAUCCGAGGAUGGUCUUUUUCUGAACGUGUACACACCUGAUCUGCCAGAUCGGAAAAAGUCUUCUCCUAACUUACCGGUGAUGAUUUUCAUCCAUGGCGGUGGUUUUCAGGACGGUUCUGGUGAUAGUUUCCUCUAUGAUCCGAUAGACUUGCUUGAAGCAGGGGUGAUCGCUGUCACAAUCAACUAUCGUUUGGGACCACUCGGAUUCUUGUGCUUGCCCAGUGUAGGAAUUUAUGGUAAUAUGGGUAUGAAGGAUCAGCGUUUGGCGUUCCAAUGGGUGCAGGAGAAUAUUGCUCAGUUCGGAGGAAAUCCAAACAAUGUGACUCUAUUUGGCUGCAGUGCUGGGAGUAUUGCUUGUCAACUACAUUACCUCUCCAAAAAUUCAAGAUAUCUAUUUCAUCGAGUAAUCUGUCAAAGCUGCACGGGGUUCACAAUGCCAUAUUUGCAACAAAACCCAGUUGCUAAAUCGAGAAAGUUGGCAUGUGUAGUGAAAGGAGGCCAAAUAAUUUCGGACAGAGAAGCGUUAGAUGUUUUGAUGCGAUCAUCCGCUCGAACGUUGGUCAAGUUACAAACGAAAGCUUCUACUGCUGAAGACAAUCCGCUGGAUCCCUACAAGUUCUACUUCCGAGCGUGUGUUGAGCCGAUGGAAACCGAUGAUAGUGUCAUCGCGGAAACACCGGAAUCGAUUCUCAAACGUGUUGACACCUUGAACAUGCCAAUCAUCACAGGGUGUUGUGACAGUGAAGGUGGCCUGAGCGUACAUUUACUACUGGAUAAGUUGAAAAUUAUCAAUACCAAGCCAGAACAUGCGUUGAUAUCAUCCGUAGUGAGAGAUGCGCAUAUUCCAGAUCGACUCGAAUUGGCAGCUGAUAUCAAAAAACUCUAUUUUGGGAGUAAACCUAUCGAUCGUAACAGUUUGAGGGAGCUAAGUAAUCUAUUUACCGACACAGAUUUUGUGGCUCAUCAAAUGGUUGGUACUGAGUGGAUUUCUAGGUAUCAACCUAGAGUGAAGCACUACAACUAUCGGUUCACGUUCGAUGGACAGUAUGGUGUAAUGGAACGCGUAUUAGGGACUACCAAUAUCGGAGGAACUUGGCAUGGUGACGAUGUGUUUUACAUCUUUAGACCAGCAUUUCACCCCAGGCUGCCAUCUCUUUCAGACGAAGAGAAAGUGAAAAGAACAUUUAUAGAACUAUGGACAAGCUUUGCCAAGUAUGGAGAACCGUUGAUAGGAGAUUCCAAAGCGGUUGAAUGGUUACCAGUCCAAUCCUACAGUGGAAAUCAACACUUGUUCCAGCUAGAUUAUUUAAGCAUCGGGGUGAGUUCGAAAAUGAUGCAAAACUAUUGUAGACAACGGUUAGCAUUUUGGCGUCAAGCUUUGAUAAAGUAUAAAAAGGAUUUCUUAUGAUUCGCCA